AUGAACGUUGAUAUUCUCGCUGUUUGUUGUACACAUUCAGUUGAUAGACUUAAAAUUCAAUUACAAACUCAACAAAAAGCUGAAUAUAGCUUUAUUUAUGCACUGACUGAUCUUGAUAAUAUUCGUAUCCAAAAUGAUUGUAAACAACCAAAGGAAAAACGAAGAAAUUGUAAACAUGCUAUUGAUGAUAUUGCGCAAAUAUGUCGAGAAGAAAGUGCAUCAAUAGCUGUUAUUCGACUAGCUCUUGUUACAAUAGAACAAAUAGCUUUUUUUUAUGAACAAGUUAAAGAAAUAUUAUUAGCUAAUAGCUAUUUUGAAGAUAAUAUGAUUACUCAUUUUAGUUCAAGCUUUCCUGCUGAUUAUGAACAUUCAUAUCAAGAAAAAUGGCGUAUAGUUUCACCUCGUAAAAUAUUACCAAUGAUUUUACUUAAUAAAUCAUUAUUAUCAACAAUUGAUUCAGUCAUCAAUAUUGAUUUAUUAAGAACAACUGCAGUUGGUUCAACAAUUUUACAUUUUGGAAUAAAUAAUAGAUUUAAUAUUACACAAUGA